UCUGCUGGCUAUUCUUUAUGCGACAAGCGCCAUGCUGCCCCUAUAUCUUAUAGUAACAUUGCUGUUGUUAGCAACGUCGUCUAACCAGGAGCUAUUGGAAGAAUCUGAGACGAAUGAUGAAUAUCUCGAGGACUUUCUGGUCUAUCCUAUAAAACCGCUGUUUACUAGGCGUUCGUCCGAUGGCAAGGUCGAGUUGGUACAAAGCAUCACGCCUACGGCUAAAAGCCAUUGGUGCGAGCUUUCCGUGCUUUGUGCGCGAACUCUGAAGCCUAUAUGUGCCUUCGACGAUAACUUUGGAUACGGGAGGUUCUAUGACCUCUGUCACAUGUUCCAAGUUAAUUGCUAUUGGAAAUAUAAUUUCUCUAUCGUGAAAAAUUGCAAGCCAAGUGUUCUCGAAACAUGAGGAUUAUUAUACAUUAUGAAUAAAAACAUCAUCAUAAA